CUUACUCAUCUCGCCACCACCACCAUGCCGACGCUCAAGUUCUGCGGAGAGUGCAACAACCUCCUGUAUCCACGAUCAGACAACAACUCCAAGGUCCUCCUGUACCAGUGCCGCAACUGCAACUACUCUGAGAACGCGGUUGCCGAGGACAACUGGGCGCCAUGCGUGUACAAGAAUGACCUGUUGACGGUUGCGAUGGAACAAGCCGGCGAGACAAAAGACCUCGAGACGGACCCGACGCUGCAGCGCAAGGCGAUCCCCUGCCCCAAGUGCCAUCAUGAGGGAGCCGUCUUCUACCAGGACCAGGCGAAGCGGCAUACCACCAACAUGACGCUCUUCUACUACUGCAUGAACUGCAAGCAGCUCUUCCGCGACCCCAAGGUCAAGACGAGGUAGACGGCGCGGGCACGACUGUGGCUGUCGCUGCGGCGUAUUGCGCCAAUGUCCCCCUCGCGUCUCCGUUCUCGCUCCGCUCCGUGUUACGUCCUCAUCAGCAUCGGCAUUUCGCCUCGGCAUUCCGCCUGUUCCGUGUCUAGAUCGUCUCAGAAUCGUGUCUAGAAUGCAUUGUAUAGUACUGUAUGGG